GAAGGAGUUGAAAAGAAAAUGGAAGGAUGUAACGAAAAAAUGUUGAUGAUCCAAAAAUGGCUAAAUCAACACAAUGAACUGUACACUUCCGCCACCAGACACCCAUUUACUCUUAGCAUUCGUGAUGGCUCCGUUGACCUCUCUGCUUUCAAAAGAUGGCUGGGACAAGAUUAUAUAUUUGUUAGAGCCUUUGUUCCUUUCGUAGCAAGUUUAUUGUUGAAAGCUUGGAAGGAGUCGGAUGACGAUUCAGACAUAGAGGUCAUUUUAGGUGGUAUGGCUGCGCUGAACGAUGAGGUAUCAUGGUUCAAGAGAGAAGCAUCUAAGUGGAGUGUUUCAUUGUCCAGUACUGUUCCUCAAAAGACUAACCUGGAAUAUUGCAGAUUUUUGGAAAGCCUAAUGAGUCCUGAAGUAGAUUAUACAAUUGCUGUUACAGCCUUUUGGGCAAUUGAAGCUGUCUAUCAAGAAAGUUAUGCCCAUUGUUUAUCAGAUGGUUCUAAAACCCCAGAAGAACUAAAAGAGACUUGUCAAAGAUGGGGCAAUGAUGGUUUUGGUCAGUAUUGCCAUACUCUUCAAAACAUAGCUAAUCGUCGUCUUGAGAAGUCACCAGAAGAUAUCAUCUCAAAAGCUGAGGCAACAGUUAUGCGCGUUCUUGAGUAUGAAGUUGAGUUUUGGAACAUGAGUCGCGGGGAAACCUAAAGUGCCUCUUACCCCCCUCCUGCCAUUGCUCAUGCAGUUACAUUUCAUCUAGCGUGAGAUCCUCGCGUUACAUUUUUCUUUGGUUGACAUAUGGACUAGGAUGAUUUGUUGUAUUCUAUACAGAAACUUGCAAAUAAAUAUUAAUAGGGGUAUCGAGGUCAACUUGUGCCCACCUCGACUAU